AUGGAAAAACAUCUCAAAGAACUGCAGCUACUAUCCAGUACUAAUCCACACACUGCACCUUCUUCAUCACAGGCUUCAUCCUGGCAGUUGGAUUCGUCGACUAAAUUCCGAUCACGGGAUCACUACGAUGGUCCAUCACUAGACCUUCAAUUGUCAAUAAGUGUCACCCCACUCAAGCCACCAUCAGAUUGUGUUGUAAUAAGGAGAGUUAAAGAUUAUAAUGAUGUGAAGAAGUUUGAUUCUAGCAAUGUUGAGGCCUUGAAAUGGCACGCGGCGGAGCAAAUUCGACUGGCGGCAAUGGAAAAGGCUCAUGCGGAGCAUGUGAGGGAGCUUUCGAGGAGAGAAAUGGAGAUGGCCGAGUCUGAAUUUGCUCGUGCUCGGGCCCUAUGGGAACGAGCACGAGAAGAGGUUGAGAAGGCUGAGAAAAUGAAGGAAAAGGCCGUUGGAAAGAUGGAUUCCAGAUGCUUGGAAAUCACUUGCCAAUCUUGGCUCUCUUAUCUCUUCCUUUUUCGAGCUCAGGUCAUGGAAGUAAAAAUUGAGGCUUCAAGUCCCAUAUGCCGGAUUGAUAGAAGUCGCCCCUAUGUUAUCAAUCUAGUUCCCGACUUCCCUCUAUGCCUAGAUGCUGUCGAUGAUCCACCUACGGAUGAAUUACCGGGCUUAUAUCUUAGGCUUCUCGAAUGA